AUGUUUAAAUUGUUGGUACUUUGUACUGUAAUGUCAAUGUCUUACGGUAAACCAGGCGGUUUGCUGGACGGAGGAUAUAGUGGACACGGAGGAUAUGGUGGACACGGAGGAUAUGGUGGACACGGAGGAUAUGGAGGAUACGGAUAUGGAUUAGCUCCAGCUACUAGUUACAGCUCCCGUGUUGACUAUCCUUCACCGGCCAUUAAAACCUAUGUGGCACCUGCAGUGAGCUAUCACAGUGCUCCCCUUGUAUCUUCACAUGGAGCUGGUCAUGGAUAUGAUGAGGGCUUAGGUUACGGUAAUGGCUUAGGUCAUGGUUAUGGUCUGGGGCAUAGUUAUGGAGGAUACGACAAUGGAUAUUCUUUAGGAGGAGAAGGUCAUGGUUGGUAG